AUGGCGGGCAAGGAGGACAGCCGGAUCUUCGUGGGCGGCCUCUCGUUCCACACCGACGAGCGCAAGCUCGAGGACGCCUUCCGCCGCUUCGGCAAGGUCGUCGACACCCAGAUCAUGCUGGAGAGGCACACAAACCGGCACCGUGGCUUUGGCUUCGUGACGUUUUCAGAUCCCAGGGCAGUUGAGACUGCUAUCAAUGAUAUGCACAACAAAGAGUUAGAUGGUCGUACCAUUUCAGUGAACAGGGCUGAGCCGAAGUUGCAAACGGAUGACACACGGUACAGCAGUGGUGGUGGCGGUGGUGACCGUGGGGAUUAUCGUGGUGGUAAGGGUGAUGGCCCACCCCCUGGCAAUUGCUUUGAGUGUGGCCGUGCUGGUCACUGGGCUCGUGACUGCCCUAACCCUGGUGGCGGCCGUUCUGGGCGAUUCCCUUCCAAGUUCAGUGGCGGCGGUGGCAGGGGAGACCGCUUUUCUGGAUCAGACAGGUUUGGCGACCGUUACGUGGAUGAUCGCUAUGAUGGUGGCCGUUAUGGUGGGUACCGUGAGCCUAUUGACAGCAGAGACAGAUAUGAUGGGGGCCGUGAUCGUUAUGCCAGUGACCGGUACCCUUCUGGUGGUGACCGCUUUGGUGCAGACAGGUAUGGAGCUGCUCCGGACCGUUAUGCACCAAGUGGUGGUGGAGGCGGCUAUGGCAGGGAGCGGGAGAGAAGCUACGAGAGAGAUGGACUUCGUGGUGGUGGCGGCGCCUAUGACAGGAGUGGCCCAAGGGGCGGUGCAAGCUACGACAGGGACGGCCCAAGGGGCGGCAUCGGCGGUGGCUAUGACAGGGACGGUCCACGUGGAGGCGGCGCCGACUAUGGCAGCGGAGGGCCUGCUCGCUACGAGGGAGGAGGUUACAGGGAGAGGCCUGCGCCGUACGACCGCCCCAGGGGAGGAGGACGCUUCGACGACCGCUACUAG